CCGGUGUCGGACGUCUCAUAGGAUGGGUCUUGUGGGCACAGCAGAUCCUGAGUUUAGACAUGGACGAAUACUGGUUCCUACUGGAAACUGACAUCACCAAUUACUUCAACAACAUCUUAGAACGCGACGUUACGACACAGCUGGCAAGGUGCAAAAUACAUCCAACAGCACUUUACUUUUUUCAUAAGAGCAAUCUUAGCAAGCAAC